AUCUGACGAGCGGCCAUUCAUCAGGCCGGCUGGCCUAUCAAUGACAUUGCUCCCAUCGGGGCUCCUAUAAAAUGAUGCUUUUUCCCAUGAAACAUCCGCAAACAUUUUGACGGGUUUGGCUUUGCCCGGCUGGAUUACUGAGUGUCCCCUCGCUGGCUCCCUCUUGCUCUCUCCCCCGCUCCAGCGCUCUCCCUUCUCUCUCCUCUUUUCUUCUUUCUCUUUUCUCUUCUUUCUCUUUCCCUUUCCUCCUUGAUCCUUUUGCCCUCCCACUUUCUGCGUCUACCUUCUUUUCUCCCCCCUUCCUCCCUGGGCAUCUCUAGCACAGGGGAUCCCCCAAACAUCAGGACUUUUGGGGGGCGCUUGUGCUGUCCAUGGGAAGAGCAUGCAUUGUGGGUUAUUGGAGGAACCCGACAUGGAUUCCACAGAGAGCUGGAUUGAAAGAUGUCUCAAUGAAAGUGAAAACAAACGUUAUUCCAGCCACACAUCUCUGGGGAAUGUUUCUAAUGAUGAAAAUGAGGAAAAAGAAAAUAAUAGAGCAUCCAAGCCCCAUUCUACUCCUGCUACUCUGCAAUGGCUGGAGGAGAACUACGAGAUUGCAGAAGGGGUCUGCAUACCUCGCAGUGCCCUCUACAUGCACUACCUGGACUUCUGCGAGAAGAACGAUACCCAACCUGUCAACGCUGCCAGCUUUGGGAAGAUCAUAAGGCAGCAGUUUCCUCAGUUAACCACCAGAAGACUCGGGACCCGAGGACAGUCAAAGUACCAUUACUAUGGCAUUGCGGUGAAAGAGAGCUCCCAGUAUUACGAUGUGAUGUAUUCCAAGAAAGGAGCUGCCUGGGUGAGCGAGACAGGCAAGAAAGAAGUGAGCAAGCAGACAGUGGCAUAUUCACCCCGGUCCAAACUUGGAACAUUGCUGCCAGAGUUUCCCAAUGUCAAAGAUCUAAAUCUGCCAGCCAGUCUGCCUGAGGAGAAGGUCUCCACCUUUAUUAUGAUGUACAGAACCCACUGUCAGAGAAUACUGGACACUGUAAUAAGAGCCAACUUUGAUGAGGUUCAAAGUUUUCUUCUGCACUUUUGGCAAGGAAUGCCACCCCACAUGCUGCCCGUGCUGGGCUCCUCCACGGUGGUGAACAUCGUCGGCGUGUGUGACUCCAUCCUCUACAAAGCUAUCUCCGGGGUGCUGAUGCCCACAGUGCUGCAGGCUUUACCUGACAGCUUAACUCAGGUGAUUCGGAAGUUUGCCAAGCAGCUGGAUGAGUGGCUAAAAGUAGCUCUCCAUGACCUCCCAGAAAACUUGCGAAACAUCAAGUUCGAAUUGUCAAGACGAUUUUCCCAAAUUCUGAGACGACAAACAUCACUAAACCAUCUUUGCCAGGCAUCUCGAACUGUGAUCCACAGUGCAGACAUCACAUUCCAGAUGCUGGAAGACUGGAGAAACGUGGACCUGAACAGCAUCACCAAGCAGACCCUUUACACCAUGGAAGACUCCCGUGAUGAGCACCGGAAACUCAUCAUCCAGUUAUAUCAGGAGUUCGACCAUCUCUUGGAGGAGCAGUCUCCCAUUGAGUCCUACGUUGAGUGGCUGGACACCAUGGUGGACCGCUGCGUUGUAAAGGUGGCUACCAAGAGACAAGGCUCCCUGAAGAAAGUGGCCCAGCAGUUCCUCUUGAUGUGGUCCUGUUUUGGCACCAGGGUGAUUCGGGACAUGACCUUGCAUAGUGCCCCCAGCUUUGGGUCUUUUCACUUAAUUCACUUGAUGUUUGAUGACUAUGUGCUCUACUUAUUGGAAUCUCUGCACUGUCAGGAGCGGGCCAAUGAGCUCAUGCGAGCCAUGAAGGGAGAAGGCAGCACUGCAGAAGUCCGAGAAGAGAUCAUCCUGACAGACGCCACCCCACCAACUCCUUCACCAGUGCCAUCAUUUUCUCCUGCAAAAUCUGCCACAUCUGUGGAAGUGCCACCUCCCUCCUCCCCCGUUAGCAACCCAUCCCCUGAGUACACUGGCCUCAGCACUACAGGUGCAAUGCAGUCGUACACGUGGUCUCUAACUUACACGGUGACGACAGCUGCUGGGUCCCCAGCCGAGAACUCCCAACAGCUUCCCUGUGUGAGGAACACUCACGUGCCUUCUUCCUCUGUCACACACAGGAUACCAGUUUAUCCCCACAGAGAGGAACAUGGAUACACGGGAAGCUACAACUACGGGAGCUACGGCAACCAGCACCCACACCCCAUGCAGAGCCAGUAUCCGGCCCUCCCUCAUGACGCAGCCCUCCCCGGGCCACUCCACUAUGCCCCUUACCACAGGAGCUCUGCACAGUACCCUUUCAAUAGCCCCGCUUCCCGGAUGGAACCUUGUUUGAUGAGCAGCACUCCCAGACUACAUCCUGCCCCAGUCACUCCUCGCUGGCCAGAGGUGCCCUCAGCCAACACCUGCUACACAAGCCCGUCUGUGCAUUCUGCAAGGUAUGGAAACUCUAGUGACAUGUACACACCCCUGACCACGCGCAGGAAUUCCGAGUAUGAGCACAUGCAACACUUUCCUGGCUUUGCUUACAUCAACGGAGAGGCGUCUACGGGAUGGGCUAAAUGACUGCUAUCCUAGGAGUCCAUAUUUAAUAUUAAUAAUAAUUAUUAAUAAUAAUAAUAAACCCAGCACCCAUCCCACAGAAGACUUUGUAUAAAGUUACAUUGUAACUCAUGGGCUAUUCCUAGGCAUCCAUUUCUUAACGAAUGUGAGGAUGUGUUUCAGUGUGGGAUGAGUAAACUUUAGUUCAGAAACGGGACUUACUAAAAGUCAGGGGGAUUGGGUUCCUGUAGCCAAGCCAGACUUGACUGUUUCUAUUGAGCACUAUGUUGGGCAGGCCAGUCUGUGCCUUUUCCCUCUGUUCCACGACUUUGCUUUGUGUUGGCAACCACUCCCACUAAGCUACUUAUUUUCCUGUUGACAAAAGCUCUUUAGUCUUGAAGGAUGGAUCCUGGAGACAGUUCUGGUUUGUGUUCUUGGGUGGACAUGUAAUUUUACUAAGAGCAAUCACCUGGCCACCUGUCUGUCACCUUACUGCACAAUGAACAGCCCUCAAACACGUUCUACACACCCUUUCUUCCUGGUGGUGUCACCACUGCUUCCUGGAGCAUGAGGGCUAAAUGGAAGUGUCAAGAAACUCUAGAUUCUCUGUUACACUCACAUAUACCUGCAUUGUCACAGUACCUGCAUUGUCUUGGAAUGUAAGCACGGUCUUGAGGGAAGGAAGAAGCCUGUUCUGUAUUGCCUUAAGUUGAUUGAGGUUUGUAGGGGACCGGUUCUUCUACAUACAAGGAUUUGUCCUGAGUUUGCACAAUGGCUAGUGUCAGCAAAAGGCAGGAGAGGGUUGUUUUGUUUUUUUUUUAAGUUCUAUGAGAAUGUGAAUUUAUGACAUAGAGUAUCAGCCUCAGCUCCGCUGUAUUAACUUUGUGAAACUGGAUGGACCAAACUUUAAUUUACCAAGCACCAAGUGUGAAAAUAACUUUUGUGGUUCCUUCAUAAGACUAUAAUAAUUUCCGACACUUUGAUAGAAAGAAAUAAAUUCAAAGCUGUGCCUUUGAGCCUAUACUAUACUGUGUAUGUGUGGAAAUAAAAAUGUAUUGUACUUUUGGAAAAUUUUUCGGUAGGCAUUUUUUCGUCAGAUUUGUAGCAAUUUGUGAGGUUUGUUAGAGAUUAACAUAGUUUUUCUUUCUGUAUUAUAAAAUGCACCAAGCAAUUAUGGUGGACCUAUUACCCUAUGGGUAAGAAAUAAAUGGAAAUAUGACAUCGGAUGUUUUAGCAAUUGUUCUGUAAAUAAAAUCUUUGAUCACACCACUCAGUGUGAUAAUCAUGUCUACAGCUAAAAUGGAAAUAGUUUUAUCUGUACAGUUGCGCAAGAUGUGAAUGGUUUCACACUUAAAUAAAAAGUAUUGAAA